AUGCCAGUUCGAACUCAUCCAGGACUUAUCUCAAGGAGAAAGUCUCAACUAUUCUGACGCUUCUUUCUACGAAGAACUUUGUGAGUAAGGCGAGCGUUGAAAAAUCAUCCGCAGUUGCCAACCGUUCUUAUUAUCGCGCCUAUGUCGGACCUUUAACUGACGAUGUCGAUAAGGAUUCAUUGAAGACAAUUCUCGAAACUGCGUUUGGCACAGUGGAAACGCUUGACUUUAUCCCGGGGAAG